GCGGUUAGUGUCGCCGAAACCGCAGUCAGUGUUGCCGCAUGCGUUUAACUGCAAUGCUAAUUGCCCGCACCGCACCCGCCCGAGGAAUGUCACUCUUGACCCAGCCGCAUGCAAACAAAGUCUUGACUCAUCAGCGUCGGGCGGGGGUUGCAAUUAAUGAACGCAGCGUAGAUCAAUUGCGAAGAUAAGGCGAGAAGAGAGUACUAAACAUAAGGUGCUAACUGAAGGGGACACAUGAGUAAGACUGAUUGAUGCCUUGAUUGCCCCACUGGCAUACAAAUACGUACAUAUACAGUGUCUCACACUUUGACCAUGGAGUCAACACUUAGUUCCGGCGGCUCAAAUGCAUCCAGCGAGUGCGCCGUCGACACUGGCGGCGGCUGCGGCAGCAGCAGCAGCAAAAAUCGCUGCCGCAAUUUAGACGCCACGCUCUGCGGCAUCGGCAUUGGCAUCAGCAACAACAACAAUGGCAUUCAAUCGAAUAACGGUAACACAGCGCUCAGCCAGGAGGUUAAGGAUUUAUAUCGCGCCUUAUACACCGUCUCCAAGCAGCUGGACGAUGCCAAGCGAAAUGUACAAAAUGUUGGACAACUAUUCCAGCACGAUAUCGAAGAGAAACGCGCUAAUCUUGUGCAGCUGUGCAAGCAAAUUAUAUUCAAGGACUAUCAAUCGGUGGGCAAAAAGGUGCGCGAAGUAAUGUGGCGUCGCGGCUACUACGAGUUCAUUGCCUUUGUGAAGAAGCAUUCGCAUAAGCAGGGCAUCGAUGCGGAGCACAUGCAGAAGCUGGAACGUUUUCUUUGCGCUGGCAUCUUCAACUACAAGCGUCUCUCGGCUAAAAUGGAGGAGAUUUACGAUCUGGACUUGAAAUAUCUAAUUGACUUUUCCAUUAUAAGUGAGGGCUACAUCAGCGACUAUAUAGGCGAUACGGCAGCCGACAAGGAGCUGGAACCAUCACAGGCCGCUGUCGAUAAAAGCCUGGAGGCGGUCUCCUUUGCACUGGACACCAUACACUCGUCGCUCUUGAGUUUGGGCGAUUUGCAUCGCUAUUUUCUGGACUUUCGCAUUGACAGCCAGCUGAGCCUGAGCAUCAGCAAGGAGCAGGUGGCCAAGUAUUAUCUGGAGGCCUUUAAGCUAAAUCCAGCUAUUGGCAUGGCCCAAAAUCAGCUGGGCACCCUGUACUAUGGUCAGAAUUAUGAUCUGGACUCGACCUAUCACUAUUUGUACUCGCUGGUGUGCAUUAUACCCUUCGAGCUGAGCGAAAACAAUUUGAAUAAACUGUUCGCCAAGCACACGGAAUAUCUGGAGCAAAUGGAUCCAGCUAAAUUGGAAUUCAACAUUGAGGAUUUCUUUGCACGCUUCUAUCUAAUUGUUGACAUCUUUUUCUUCGACAAGGAAGUGCCCGAUUUUAAUUCUCUUUGCCACUGCGUGCUCAUCGAUUUGCGGAAGAUUCUGUGCGCCCAACAGCUGCGCGUGCCCGAGCCGAGCAUUUUCAAGAUAAUCUCCAUAUUAUUCUUUUGCCUGUCCAAGCUGAAGAUGAUUAAUUCCCCCAAGGUGUAUUCCCUGCACGCCUUCCUGGUGGCCGCCUGCUCGGAUCUGAUGGAUGCCUGCAUUGUCAACAUUGAGCAAACGAUUUUAGCACGCGCCGCAGACAAUGAAUGUUUUCAGGCGGCGUACGAGCAGCGAUUCCAAGAGUUUGACACCACGGUCCGUAAGUCGCGCAACGAGUACAAGAACUGGCUGGCCGCCGUGGGCGAGUGCGAGCGCAAGGAUAAGAAAUUGAUGGCUCGUCCGCAUUCACUAAAGGAUUGUAGCUCUGAUUCACGGGACAGCCAGCACUCGGCGGAUGAGGGUUGCGCCAAGACACAGGAGGCAGCCGACACAGACAAACUGGGCGGCACCGAGCCCAUCUCCACGCGUUCCAGCGAUGAGGCCAAGGAGAGCGAUCUGAAGACGCCGCUCUCCUGCAAGAGCAAGCGCCGUGGCAUGCGUCUGCGUCGACGUCGUCGCAAGAUUGCCCAAUCGGAUGACAGCUCCUGCUACGACAGCGAGAGCGACAUGGACACGGACUUUUAUAGCGACGAGGAGGACUACACAGAUUUAAGCUCCAAUUUCGAUACAGAUUUCAGUGACAUUGAUGCCGGUGAGCCCGAUGAGACGCCAGCAGCUGACUAUGUCAAAAAGGAGCGCUCAGCACGUCAGCCGGCCGGCGCCCAUGUCUAUUCAGACAGCGAGGAUGUGGUCAUUGAGGAGGAGCGUCUCAUCUAUCCCGAAGAUCUGGAACGUCGACCCAAUUCGCAGGAGGCAGACUCGGAGGAAUUGCUGCGCAGCUUCGAAGUGCUGCAGCUGAACUUCAAAAGCGCUGAGGAUACCAAAGCAGCUGCCGCUGAGUUGCCCACGGCCAAUAUAAUCAGCGGCACAAAUGUGCCACCUGUCAGCAUGACGGAGCCCCCAAAGAAACUUGUCUAUCGCAACAAGUACACGAAGAUUAAUCCGAAUAUUAUAAUCGACUGCCUGCACAAUGAGCCGACAAUACGUGCCCUGAAGAUGCUAUUUGACUGGCUGCGCAUUAAUCCAGAGAUCCUUAUUGGCUGCUAUCAUUCCAAUCCGGAGUUUGUGCACAAGAUUAUGAAGCUGUUGAACUACUGCAAUAUCGAUGUAUUCACCCGGAAGGUUUACUUUGAGCGGGAGCUGCUGACGACCAGCAAUGUGCGCGAAGCUCUGGUCGAGCUGUUUGACGUGCGGGCCAAUGUGCCUCUGAGCGAAGAUUUCGCCUUCAAGAACUUUGACAUAUUCCAGAGCACACAAAUCACCCUAGACUGGGAGACUAUAAUCAGGGAGCGUGUUACGCCCCAGGAGGAGUCCAUACUGCGCAUCUUCAAGAUGGUCGAUUUUGGUUUCUUCAUUUGCAAGCAGAAAAAAUUCAAUUAUCGCUUCUGUGUGAAGACCCGUCGCUUCACCGAAAACCAGAAGAAAAAGCGCGAGGAGAAGAAGGGUGGGUGCUCGCGUCGACGCGAACGUCGUACGGCACCGAAGACCACCCGCAAGCGGAACGAGGGUCGCACCCGUCGCUACUCGGAUCGCAAGAACGGCAUCGUACGUAAGAGCUAUACCAGCAACGAGGAGAAGGACACAGUUGAGGAGUGCCGCAAGCUGCCACGCAAGGGCUACUUGCGCAAUCGCAAUGCGGAAAAGGCAGCUGCUGUUAUAGCCAGCGCCACGGGAACCUCCGUAGCUGGUGGCACCUCGGCCUCCGCCUCGACCACCACGAACAGUGUCAUCGAGAAGCUCAAUUUGCAGUCGAGCAGCGGCGCCGAUGAGGAACGUUCCGAGGCGAAGACUAAAAAAUGCGAAAUAAUGGGCAAACUUUGGCUGCAGAACGAGGUGGAAGCGCUGGAGGAGGAACUCCGCGACAGCACCACCCACGUGGUCAUGUCGCCAUUUGUUGUCGUGGAUGCCAAGGCCCUAACCGAAUACAAUGGCAUUGUAAAAUCGCUGGUCAGGACCAAAAAGUGCAUUGUGCUUAUACCCAAUGCGGUGCUCAACGAGCUGGAUGAGCUUAAGAAGCGCAGCGAGAAUGUGCGCCAUGUCAUACGCUGGUUGGAACAAGAGUUCAAGCAUGGCAAUCGCCAUCUGCGCGCACAGCGCGACAAUGAGAGCCAGCCCCUGUCGCUGCUCAAGAUAUCACGCAAAAUGGAUCGCGAUGCCUCGGUUUUCCUACAAAUCGCCCAGUUCUGCAACCAUCUGGUAGCCAAUCAUGCCGAUCCGCAUGUCAGCGAGCUGCAAAAGAAUGUGGUCACCUAUUUGUCCGGCGAUAAUCUGCACGAGAAGAAUCGCCAACAGCAGAAUUUCAGCUAUACGGGCAUACUCGACUCGAUACCCGUGCGCUAUGCCCAAAUCCAGAGCUUCUAUGCCAAGUUUAAGGCCAACAAAAAAUGAGUGAGCCGUAGCAGACGCUAGGUGGCAAAUGCAUGGCAAACAGCAGAUGCAAAUUUAUAAAUGCAAGAGGAUGUGCAAAGCGUGUGUUCACUGUACAACCACAACAAAACGACAUGGAGUUCCAAGUUAACGAAAAGUUUCUCUCAGACGCGGCCCAGCGGGGGCAACAAAAACGGCAAUCAAACAAGACCAACAAAAAAAAAAAAAACAAAAAAAAAA